CCCACAUAAACGUCAAACGGGUGUUUUCCUGCAACAUUUCUUGUUGCGUCGCGUUUUUGGAAAAAAUAAAAUUGGAACAAUCCGCAUCUCCGCGCCCUAAAACCUUCGCAAUUUCUGUUCCCCGCAAUGGCCACUCCCGCAACGCCGCCACUGUAAGUAACGGAUCUCAAGUUUAAGCUGAAAAACACGGUUCCGGAGUUUGCCGGCGAUGGGACCGUCCGGUACGGGUGCUACCUGCAGUCGGUGGCCAGCAUGGUCGGAUAUGUGUUUUUGGAGACGACCGCCGGGCAAGGUGAUCGACGAGGUUGUUCCGCUGUGGAUUGUUCCGUUGCCGAGGGAGCCGUUCAAGCUAGCGAUGUACUGUGACCAUGGGCUGCUGACGGUGGAUGUUGAUGUGGGUGUAUCAAUUUGUGAUAUUUACUCGGUUCCGUCGUUGAUGACGCCGACGGUUGGGAAAUUGUAUGAGAUUCGGACGUCACCGGAAUCUGGCGUGAGGAGUACGCAGAUUUUGUAGAAUCAACAUGUUUUCGAUGAUAUAAUUAUAGGUAGUGGAAAUAAUGUUUGAAAAAUAAGAUGUAGAACAGAUGAGAAAAAAAAAAUUAUGUAUACUUUAUUAUAAUAAAAGAAACCAUGGGUGAAAUU